UUCGUCCUCCGUAUCCUGCCAAACCGAGACUCAGUACUUGUUGAAAGGGCAUCUAGGAGAGAUCGUUGUCUCUCGGUCUCUGCUCCUCUCUCGUCUCCUCUCGCCAGGCUCCUUACGACAACCCCUUACGGUCGCCAUAAGGCUGCCCUUCGAGGAGCUUCCUUCUAUAGACAAGACGCCAACGACGAAGAAAAGUUUCUGGUUCGAUUACCCGCCAAGGAUUCUUAACAUGGAUUGUGCUUUAUUGCAAAAAAGUGUAAUGAGUGAUUAACGAUCGCUUCUGGAAAUUAACCUCUACGCGAGAUACUGUGAGAUAAAAAAAAAAAAAUAACAAAAUAAUUGUGAGUCUUAUUUCGAUGUGCCAAUACGUCACUGGUUUCAUGCAAGUGUUUUAUACAAAACUCUAGAAUUUAACGUAAGAUGUGGAUUACCGGACGGAAGAUGAUCGCGUCCAUAGGAGUGUUAGUGACACUACUCGGUCAUUUCGGUGGCCAAGUCUCGGCCUACCGUGGUGACCUGGCCCUAGUGGACGGGGGCUAUAAUGGCCUCGUUGUGGCCAUCAGUGAUUACGUCCCCCAAGAUCAUUGCAAUCAUAUCAUCCACGGACUUAAGAGCGUGUUGCUGGAGUUCUCGGGAGAGUUGUGGAAAGCGACGGGCGGAAGGGCAUCGCUGAGAGAAGUAACGGUAGCUCUACCUCGAUCUUGGCGAACUGACGCCAUCACAUGCUCCCUCCUCACGCCCUUAUCAGCCACGGCAUCGCCAACCGACGCCCACAUCCGCGUCACGACGCCUCACCCAGCUUUCGGGUCACGCCCGUGGACGCAGCAGAGCGAAGGGUGCGGUCGCCAGGGGGACUACAUCCAGAUGGGAGGAGACCUCCUAAGGGCGACCACCAACAACACCUAUGUCCACGCCGCCCGCCUCCUGGUGGCGGAAUGGGUCAAGUUUCGCUGGGGCGUCUUCGAGGAGAAGGGAUACCCAGGAGACCCACUCUACCCGCCCAAGUUCCGCGACCCUGUUAACUUCAGCAUGAGACCCAACAGCUGUUAUACCCAGGAGAUCAUACCCGCGCCCUUCUGCACUACGGAUGCCCAUAUCCCAGAGGCACCAACGAAGCAUAAUGCCCAGUGCAUUGGAAGACCAGCCUGGGACAUCAUUAAGAUGUCACAAGACUUCAUGGGUGGAAGGAGCAGGCCAUUAAAUGGUUCGGCCGCCCUGACACCAUCAAUCAGGUUCGUGCAGGAGAGGGCCGCUCGUGUGGUGCUCGUCGUCGAGGACACGGCAGUGAUGAAUAUCCAGAGGCGCUGGGAAUUCGUGCGAAAGGCCGUGAGGCGCAUUGUCGUGUACGACCUGCCCGACGGCGCAUAUUUCGCUCUGGUCGUCUUCAACUCGGAGGCCACCAUCGCCUCGCCUCUGUCAAAGAUGGACUCCACAACAGAUGUCCGCCAGAGAGUCGGGUCGUCCCUCCCACGCAACCCUUCACGAGUUCCGGAGAGUCAGAAGUGCGUGUUAUGCGGCCUGCAGGAGGCCCUGACGGCCUUGGACGAUGACCCCGAAAAAGCCACGGGAGCUUCCAUAAUUUUCCUGACGACUGGCAAAGGGGCCGCAACGGACAGGGCCGUUCACGAUAUGUCAGAAUUGGCUAUUGCACGCGGAGUGCGGGUCGACACAAUCAUCUACCCUCUCACGGAGCGCCGGGGCACAAGCACGGCCACACACGGCCUCGAAAACUUGGUUUCCGUCACUAAGGGUUCGGCCUUCACCAUCAUGGACGAAGGGGUUGGAAACGACUCGAAAGUGAGCAUGAUGGUAGCUCUGAUGGACGCUUUAUACGCGGCUGUGCGUCACAGCGCCCCUCCAGUUAGCCCAGGGGCUCCCGUACUCCUCCACAGCAAAUCUUACCCCGGCGGAAUAGCCUCCAUGGCCAUGGGGUCCUUCACCCUCGAUGAAUCCCUAGGACCCAAGGCCCGCUUCUCUAUCUACUAUUACGACCUCAACCACGUUGGAAACACCGUGCAGCUGACAGCUCCCUCCGGCCACACUAUCGCUUCCGUCAACAUGCAGGAGGAAGACGGAGACGCCAACGUCAUCUUUGUUAACAUACCCAAGGCUGAGAGAGGGAUCUGGCAAUACAGAGUCGAGAAUCGAGCUGAUUCGCACCAGGGACUGAUCAUCCAAGUCACAGGGUCUGAGAGCGGAAACAGAAAGAUCAGCCUGAGACUGUGGACUAGCAGUGGCGACAGUGUGGUCAACAUGACCGAUUCGUCGAUGCCCGUAAUUGUAUAUGCAGAGGUUCGAGAGGGCGUGAUGCCAAUCCUGAAUGCCAAAGUUAGCGCGAGACUUCAGAGGCUUGGCACCAACACAACGGGCAGCAAUUAUGAUUCCAUUGCUAUCGACCUCUUUGAUAAUGGAUUUGGAGAUCCAGAUAUCACUGAAGGGGAUGGGGUGUAUUCCAGAUACUUACCAUCUUUAAAAGGUAACAGCGGCCACUAUCAACUCAGCGUCACAGCAGACGACAAUAAUGGCCUGGCCUUAUCACCAGUCAGUGAAACAUAUAGUCUCCUCGGUCACAACUAUCCCGAAAAGGAAAUGAUUACAUGCUGCGGCAGUAAGAUCAAAUAUGCCCCUAUCAACGCGGUUGCUCCGUUCCAGCGGUCAACAAUCUAUGGGGUGCUGGAUAUCGUGGCGCCAUCAACUGGCAUUGAUACAGUGCCACCAACUAGAAUUUUAGAUCUACGAUCAACUGUUAACCUCACAACCCAUGAAGUCUCACUAUUCUGGACAGCACCAGGAAAUGAUUAUGACUGGGAUCGCGCAAGUUACUAUGAAGCAGUGCUUGCAAGCUCCUGGUCUGAGGCCAAAGCCUUUGACGGGGAACGAGUGAGUGGUAUGCCAGUUCCAAUGCUUGUAGGAACGGAACAGGUUGUCACAAUUCAGGUCGACCGGUAUGAUCAAAUGAUAUACGUUGCAAUCCGUGCGGUGGAUGAGGCAGGUAAUCGUGGUGGUGUCAGUAACAUUGCCACUAUAUGGGUGCCUCAUCCACCGACCACCCCGCCUGCAAUUACAACCCAUAAUAUACUGGAGCUCACCUCCAGCUUGCCUGGACCUCAAGGACAGGAAAUCACUCAGCCAGUAAGAGUGGCUGGGCUGAACUUGGAAGACAUGGCAGUCAUAAUAGGUUCAGUCUUUGGGUUUUUGAUGAUAGCUGUUGCACUGGGCAUGAUUUGUUACUGCUACAUUGCUCGUCGCAGAUGCCACCAGGAUAAGAGAGAUACUGAAAAGUUGGAGGGUAAUCGUAAUGGAAUGAUUAAAGGAAACUCAAGUUUUGCUUUGGAUCAAAACGAAAGUCAGGAUUCUGCUGACAGUGCCAUAAAAGAUGGUGAGGUGGCACAACUAAAAGAUGUUGGCCGUCCACUGUCACCAAUGCAAUCCUGGGGAGCCUCCAGGUUGCUACAGGAGCAUGAACGUCGAUUUUCUGUGACAAGUGGCCCACUUGUGGAUGCAUCAGGACCAAUGCCCCAUUUCCAAAGUCCACAAGACCCUUUUCCUGAUGUCACAUUAUCUGCUGUCAUCUCUUACCCGAAUUCUGAAACCCCAUCUACAAGUCACUCUGACCCCCCUGCAUAUCAACCCCCAUAUACCACUGAAAGUUAUGCUCCUUACCCUUACCAAUCAGGUGGUUACAGUCAUGACGAACUGCCCCCUUAUACCCCAACAGUCGUUUCAUCUCAAUCAUCACAGGCAUCCACUGUAUUUACACACGAGAUUCCUUCUUCCCAACCAUCGGAAAAUUCAUAUCAAGCUGACUGUAACAGCUACCCAUCGGAAAAUCCGUCCAAAGUUGGAGAAAUUUCCUAUUGUCAAGCUCAACCCUUCAUGUAUGUUAAAUACCCAGAUGAGGGUAAUUUUAAUUCUCAGGCUCAAUUAUCACAUUCAAAGGUUCCUCCCCCGGUGGCUCCAAAGCCGCCGCUUGCUGCUCGCGCUGCAGCAGCAGCAGCAGCAUCCUCUAAAAUAUCAGCUGAACCUAAACGUCGCAAUAUUACUCAAGUGUGAGGUGUGUGAUAAUGCCUCCAAGCUUAGCACAAUACAAACUCUCUCAUGCAGCUUAAAUUACGAUCAUGGUUAAGCGCUAAUCUUUGUUGUGAGUGCACUUUUGAAUGCUUCAGUGCCCUACUUUUGAGGAUUUAGAAAAUCCUCAAAAAAAAAUUCACAAGGAAAUUUUUCAAGCCAAAAUAGUAUUACCUCAUUUAGUUAAAAUUCCACAGAAAUAUUUGGCAAAUUAAUUUAAGGAAAAAAUUAUUCUACCUCCAAUGAUGAAACUCAUACUACAGUUUUUUUCUUUCACCUGUAAAUAGUGAUAAAGUCUAAUAAAACUGAGUAGAUAGAAUAAAAUUUAUGCAAUAUUUGCAGUAAGAGGAAACUACUUUGAGAAAUCUACAAUAAUUAUGUAGCCUUUGUGACUGCUAAAGAGGGUUUGGAUUGUCUAAGAACUGCUUUAUGUGUCAAAUAUCAUUGUCUAUCAUCGCUUCUCUAUUCCUAAAUAUCUUUUAUAUGGAGUUUUUCAGCAUACCGUACUAUAAGAGUUAUCGUGUAAAAUAUGUAUCCAUAAAUGGAAAAUAAUGGAAGAUGGUCAGGGGCAGGAUAUUCUAAUCAUCUAUGUAAAGGUUAAAUAGGGGACUGGGUGGGUGGGGGGGCAGGGUAUUGUUCCCACAUAGGGAAUGUGAUGUCUUAGACGAUUUAGUUUAGUACGCUUCUGAUACAAUAUCAUAAUAAUCAAUAACCUUUGUAGAUGACAGAUCCAGUUCUAUGGCACUCCGGCCCUGAGCAAUCUUCCUUGGAAUUAACUGUAUGUCGUACAAACUAUUGGUUGUAAGCUUGCUCAUAUCUAGUCAUAACUGUAAAGAGUCAGCCGUGUUUGCAUCAAUGCCCAACACCAGGUUUCUUGAUUUUGUAAUCAAAUCUUAUUUAAGGCAACUGAUAGGAAGGCUGUCUGACAUUUCCCUUAAACAGAGCUUAUGUAAAAUAAAAAUGAAAAAAAAGAAAAAAAACAGAAAAGGAUAUGUUUUUACUCUAUCAGUCUUGGUUUGGGACGUCGAACUGGUUUCCAAUCAGCUGCCAAGUGCCUCAUAUAAACGAUGAGUCAUUUUCAAAGCAAUAUUUCAGGGGGACUCACCAACAGUGAUGCAAACUUGAUUAAAACUAAACACAGAAAUUUUCUCUAUAGUUUUACCGAUGUUGACAUAAGAGAGACGCGACCAGCUGCUGCUGCUAUGUACAAUGGCUAUACGCUGGUUGUGUCGCAGCAUGUGGAAAAACCCCACUGUGGAGACCGUGGUCUCUGAGGUGUUGGUGCUGGGCGGCCAGAGGUAGGGGUGGCUCGAGAGACCAAUACUGUCUCACUUUUCCUCAAAGAGACAACACAUGGUUCUGCGUCGACCGUAACUCCUCUGUACUGAUCUCAGUAUAUCUUGGAUGUCUGUGAUAAAGUUCAUAAAAUAAAGACAAUCAUGAAUA